GGCCGGCCGGCCCGCGGGGAUGCGGAGCGGCGGGCGCCGGAGGCCGCGGCCCGGCUAGGCCCGCGCUCGCGCCGGACGCGGCGCCCGAGGCCGUAGGUGGUGGUUGGGCUCGGGGAGGACCCUGCUGAAAGGAGUGUGAGCGUGGUCUGGGCUGUGUCGGCCCACAGGAGCCUCGGCACCAUGAAUGACGUGGCCAUCGUGAAGGAGGGCUGGCUGCACAAACGAGGGGAGUACAUCAAAACCUGGCGGCCCCGGUACUUCCUCCUCAAGAGUGACGGCACCUUCACCGGCUACAAGGAGCGGCCACAGGACGUGGAGCAGCGCGAGUCGCCCCUCAACAACUUCUCCGUGGCACAAUGCCAGCUGAUGAAGACAGAGCGGCCACGGCCCAACACCUUCAUCAUCCGCUGCCUCCAGUGGACCACGGUCAUCGAGCGCACCUUCCACGUGGAGACGCCCGAGGAGCGGGAGGAGUGGACGGCCGCCAUCCAGACAGUGGCCGACGGGCUCAAGAGGCAGGAGGAGGAGCUGAUGGACUUCCGGUCGGGCUCGCCCAGCGAGAACUCGGGGGCUGAGGACAUGGAGGUUUCUCUGGCCAAGCCCAAGCACCGCGUGACCAUGAAUGAGUUUGAGUACCUGAAGCUGCUAGGCAAGGGCACCUUCGGGAAGGUGAUCCUGGUGAAGGAGAAGGCCACCGGCCGCUACUACGCCAUGAAGAUCUUGAAGAAGGAGGUCAUUGUGGCCAAGGACGAGGUGGCCCACACACUCACAGAGAACCGUGUCCUCCAGAACUCCCGGCACCCCUUCCUGACGGCCCUGAAGUACUCCUUCCAGACCCAUGACCGCCUGUGCUUCGUCAUGGAGUAUGCCAAUGGCGGUGAGCUCUUCUUCCACCUGUCCCGGGAGCGGGUGUUCCCCGAGGACCGGGCGCGCUUCUAUGGCGCCGAGAUCGUGUCGGCACUGGACUACCUGCACUCGGAGAAGAACGUGGUGUACCGGGACCUCAAGCUGGAGAACCUCAUGCUGGACAAGGACGGGCACAUCAAGAUCACCGACUUCGGGCUGUGCAAGGAGGGCAUCAAGGACGGCGCCACCAUGAAGACCUUCUGCGGGACGCCCGAGUACCUGGCCCCCGAGGUGCUGGAGGACAACGACUACGGCCGGGCGGUGGACUGGUGGGGGCUGGGCGUGGUCAUGUACGAGAUGAUGUGCGGCCGCCUGCCCUUCUACAACCAGGACCACGAGAAGCUGUUCGAGCUCAUCCUCAUGGAGGAAAUCCGAUUCCCGCGCACACUCGGCCCCGAGGCCAAGUCCCUGCUCUCGGGGCUGCUCAAGAAGGACCCCAGGCAGCGGCUCGGCGGGGGCUCCGAGGACGCCAAGGAGAUCAUGCAGCACCGCUUCUUUGCCAGCAUCGUGUGGCAGGACGUGUACGAGAAGAAGCUCAGUCCGCCCUUCAAGCCGCAGGUCACAUCAGAGACGGACACUAGGUAUUUUGAUGAGGAGUUCACAGCCCAGAUGAUCACCAUCACGCCGCCUGACCAAGAUGACAGCAUGGAGGGCAUGGACAGUGAGCGGAGGCCUCACUUCCCCCAGUUCUCCUACUCAGCCAGCGGCACGGCCUGAGGGGGCCAGCCGGGUGCGCUCAGGACACUGCCAUGGGCAGCCAUGUGCUCCGGAAGACGGCUUCCGAGGAUCGGGAGGAAGCCUCGCUGGGGGUGAUCUGUAUUUAAUGCCCUUUAUUUCUGGAUGCGUCUGGGCGGAACCAUGCCGCUCCGGUUGCGUGCUGUGGGUAGGGCUGCCUGCCUUGGGUGGCGUCCCCCCUGGCCAGCCAGGGCCAGGGGAGAAUGGUCGGCAGUUUUUCUUAAUUUAUUUCAUCCGGUUCUCCAGACGUGGCCUCGACCUUCAGAGAGAUUACAUUCAUGUGGGGAACUGUUGAGGACUUCUGCAGCCACGGGCAGUCGGGGUCAGGGUGGGCCCCCUGCCCACAGUCCCUCCGUCCCCCUCGCCAGCUGUCCCCGGCUGCAUCUGUCUGGGCCCGACCUGGGGGCCCCAGAAGCAACCUGGGCGUGCUGUGCUGGCCUGGCCCCUUCUCCCUCAGGGUGGGCCGCGCGGCAGCCCCUGGUGCUGAGCCUGGAGGAAGGCGGCCCUGAGACGGGGUCAGGCUGGGGCUUGCCCAUGAGAGGAGCCAGGUGGAAUCUGUUGCUGUGUCUCAUGCUGUUCACGUGCAUAUUGGGGGUUGUUCAUCUUAGAAGAAAGCCCUCUGUCCACCCCGUCCUGUCGGGACCGCCCUCCCCGAUGGCUUCCCCGGUAGCACUUGUCCUGUAGAAGCUUCACUCUCCCGCUGUCACCCCAGCCCCACCCCAGCGCCCUCUGGAGGGGCCAUCGCUGCAUCCCCCGUGCCUCCCGGCCAGACGCUGCACUGCACCAUGGCGUUUUUUUAUAUUCAACUUUAGUAUUUUUACUAUUAUGAGCCUUCCCCCUAAAUUCUUCAAUAAAAAAAUUGCUUUUCA